CAACCAGCUAGAACUCCUCGAUUCGCCUCAUCCUCCUCCAUCUUGACGAUCCUCUCUUUCAUCGACAUUGCACACCUUCUCUCUCUCCCUCCCUCUCUCUCUUUGACUACGGUCAAGGAAUGAGCCGCCAUGCCCUUCCCAACGGCCUCGGAUGAAGUCACCACCCAGGACUGGACACAGUGGAUGCGCUGGGACGAUCCCAAGGACCCCUCCGACCUUUCUCCUUCGGCCUUUGACUUCUCCUCGCUUGCCUCUCCCAACACCUCUGCCACCUCGAUCGAGCCUCAGAACCUGGGCGGCCUGUCUGCCGCCGACUUCUCCCCCGUGAGCAAUUAUUCCGCCAGGCCGUUCUCCUUCCGCGCGGCACCGAGCCUCGAGACCGUCGGCUCGACAUCCCCAGGAGCUCGUUGGUCGAUCGCCGCCGCCUCCUCGACCUCCUCGAUUCGCAAACGAAAGACCAACAGCGACGACGAUGACCUUGCCUCCACCGUGGCCCAGCCGGGCGGCCUCGACCUAACCCCCGCCGCCAAGGGCCCCUCCAAGAAACGUGCCCACAACGUGAUUGAGAAACGCUACCGGGCCAACCUGAACGAGAAGAUUGCUGAGCUGCGUGAUAGCGUCCCCAGCCUGCGCGCCUCCGCCCGUCAGAUCAACGGCAGCGGGCCCGACGACGAGGACACCGCAGAGGGCGUCCCCGCCGCCAGCAAGUUGAACAAGGCCUCCAUCCUCGCAAAGGCCACCGAGUACAUCCGCCAUCUGGAGAUCCGCAACAAGCGCCUCGAGGAGGAGAACACCGCCCUCAAGAUCCGCCUGCGCCAGCUCGACAAGGCUGCCGACCAGUCGGUCACCUCCGCCGCCUCCGUCUCCUCCCCGAGCAACUGCACCGUCUCCACCGAGUCGGGAGCCAGCUCCUCCCCCAGCGUCUUUUCCAACAUUGAGGAUCCCCCAAGUGACGGCUCUCCCUCGCAUCACAACCAUCAUCACCAUCACCACAACAAUCAACAGCAGCAGCAUCAUCAUCAACAACAACAACAACAACAACAAAAUCUUCAGAAUCACCCCCCGGAGGGUCUGAUCAAAGUACCCGAUGCCUUUCGUCAGCUACGAGCAGCUGCCAAACAAGGGCCCUACUCAGAAUCCUACAUCCAGUAUGAAAACCCCAACAACAACAGCAGCAGCAGCAGCAGUAGUAGUGGCGGCACUGGACGCCGUAGCGGUGCCCGCCUCCCUAACAAGUACAUGCUCGGCGCCCUGGCUGGCCUCAUGGUCGUCGAGGGCUUAUCCUCGAGGGACGACGAGUCCGAAUCUACGGCCAAGGGCUUGCUGGCAAUGCCCCUGAACCUCAUCUUCCCGCGGCAAGGACUCAACAUCGGUGAGAUGCCCUCCCUUGAGUCCCUACACGCCCUGCUCCGCUACUAUUGGAGUUCCUGGCAGGCCCGGGCCAUUUCGCAUGUCCUCCUCUUCGCCGCCCUCGUCGUUGGUCUGGCCUUUAUCGUCUUCGUCUACCUAUUCAACGCGGCGCCCCGUCGCUCUAGCGGUGAUUAUGUCAAGGCGGCCGUCGUUGGUAGCGGUACUGGUGGUGCCUCCUCAUCAUCGUCGUCGUCACCAUUGACUCCCGGGAACUACCGGCGACAGGCCUGGUUGACCAGCAUCCAGCAGGUGGGCGUGCCACGGCACCGCUUCUUCCGCGAAUGGUACGUCGUCACCUCGCGCUGUGCCGAUUACAUCCUGCGCUGCCUGCUGGGCUGGAAGCUCUACUCGUACCUGACGGGGAUCACCGCCGACGAUGAGCGCGGCCGCGUCAAGACCUGGGACAUCGCCAUCGACGCCCAGCUGGCCGGCGGCGACCCGGAGAUCAGCAAGAGUCGCCUGGUGCUGACCAUCUUCGCCGCGGGUACCCUGCCGCGCAGCCCCAUGCGCAUGAUGCUCAAGGCCCUCCACUGCCGCAUUCUGCUGUGGCGUGUCGGCAACCCGGGCGCCUGGACCUUCGCCUGCUCCAACGACGUCGCCCGCGCCCUCGCCCGCUACCAGUGGGACCUGGCCCGCCGCAUGAACCGCUCGCUGCCGCAGGGCCACCCGGAGGCCCUGCCGCCUCACCUCGCCGCCUUGCUCGAGAUCGACUCGGACGAGGUCAUGAUCGACGCCAUUGUCCAGCGCGCCGCCAACCUCACCUGGAACCACCCCACCCAAGAGGGCACCGACGACGACGAGGUCUUUCUCGACGUCGUCGAGGAGGACCCCGCCAUCCAGUCCUCGCUCGACGCCCUGGCCGCCUGGUGGUCGAGCCAUCUGCUGCAGCGCGCCAUCCUGCGCUACUUCGAGGCUAGCUCGCGCGACCCAGACUCCCGCCGCAGCCGCGUCCUGUUCAAGGCCAAGAUUGCCCUCGCCCUUGCCAUCGCGCCCCCGACCUCCGCCGCCUACACGCGCGCUCUCGUCAUGAAAGCCGUCAUCUUCGAACACGACCGCGUACAGAAUAUCGGCGCCGUCCUGGCCGCUCUCCCCAGCGAUAAACCGAAAUCAUCAUCAUCGCCUUCUUCUUCUUCUUCUUCUAAGAAAGAUAAAGAUCAACCUCAAUCCAUCUCCAACUUCCUAGACUCCUCCCUCCCCGUUUCCGUCCGCGAUGAGAUCUCCCUCGCGGUACGCUGCGCCGACACCUCGCUACCCGCCUCCUUCACCGUGCAGCGCGCAACGGCCUGGUUCAACCAGCUGCCCCUCGACCCCGUCGAGCUCACCCUGCUCGGCUUCGCAGCGGUCUAUCACCUGCUGCACGUCCUCGCUGCCGAUACAGACUAUCUCUCCUCCUCGGACUCGUCGGUACCUUCAACCCCGUCUUCGGAAGAUGGUUCGACGGCGUCAUCUGCAGAUGAUGAAGCAGAAGAAGAUAACAACAAGGGGCAGCAACCUGUGCGUGGUAUUCGUGGGAACCAUAAAAAUCAUCGCCACCUGACGAUCGCCCCUGGCUCCCUACCACAUCUCGGCCGCGUCACCUCGGAGCUCAUCUACUGGGCUCGCCAUGCGUACAACCCGGCCUUCUACGGGUUCACCUCCAACCUGGCGGACGUGGUGGAGCAGGAGUGCACGUCCAUCUGUGACAGUCUGGGCGUGGAUGUUGCCGAUUACGCGGCCGUACAGGAGGAACGCAUGAAAUCGAAGCGGCGGCGAGACCGCAAACGAAGCAUAGUUCACAGCAGUAAUCACUGUUCGGUGUUCACUGUGUUAUCUACGGAGUACCCAGGCAUUCGAAUAAGAUAUAGUUAUGCCGAACUUUAUCUGCUUUCGACGGACUGCAACCCUCACGUUCCACCCGCGGUUCUUUUGGUCGUUCGCGGCGAUGACUGGCAAGCCCCUUGCGUGGGUGGCCGGGUCAGGGCCCAGCCUGCUCAGGGCGAACUCUACGAUGACCUGCUAUCUAUCCAGUUGCCAGUUGCUACUAGAUGAUCAAUCGUCGUUGACAUUUGAAUAGUCUUGUGAGAAUGUGAGGCUUACAUCGACAGACAGCAGUGCCUACAAUGUCCUACAAUGCUUGGUGGCCUGAAGGUAGUUGGAUCUGUAUUCAACCAUUCCAUUGUUCAGAUCCGUUUUCGGACAAUGUUUCAUCGCGCAGCCCAGACCGACAAGCCCGAC